GAUAUAUAGAGCUGUUUCAGUCAGGAUGGAGGAGCCGAAGGAGGAGUGGCGGAUUCAACAGUACAGAGCAGAAGGAAAUGAAGGGAGGAUUAGUUGGAUAUUGAACAAGAGUCUUGGACUUGGGAAGAAAAUAUUCUUGAGUGGUUUGGUGAUUUCCUCAGCACCGCUUGUUCUUCCACCGCUUCUGGUGAUUUCGGCAAUUGGGUUUGUCGUUUCACUCCCGUCUGGGAUCUUCUUGGCAAGCUACGCUUGCUCCGAGAAGCUCAUGAGUAAGUUGCUCCCAAUGCCGGAAUCUGAAGACGAACUAGAAGAAGAGGAAGAGAAAAUAACUGAUGAGGAUAUCCAUAGAGGAGUGAAGAGGAAGAUCGAAUCGGUUGAGGGCGUUAAAAACGACGACGUUUUGGGAGAUAAAGAUGUUGCUGUGGAGGAAAAUGGGCACGAGGAAGAUGUUAGUGAGGAUAGUUUAGAUGUUGAAAAGGAAAAGGACAAGGAAAAUGUUGUGGUGUCCAAGGAAGAAGUGCCGUUGGUGGAUGAGAGUGGGAAAGAAGAGCCGGUGAUUGUACAAGGUGUCGUUUUGGAUGAGGAGAUGAAGAGAGAGACCAAGAGUUUGAUUGAAGAGAUCAAGGAUGAGAGAAAAGCUGAUAAUGUUGAGAAAACUUCUCAAGAAACUUCCAAGGGAGAUCAAAAUGCAGGUGCUACUGAGCUUCCUGUUUCACAUAGGGCAAAGGAGACGAAAGAUGCUGGAGUUUCUUCUGAAAAGGAGGUGCAAACUACUCCUUCCAAUGAGGUUGUGUAUAGCGAGGAGAAGAUAUGGGGACAAAUUGAGGGGUUGAGAAAAAUAGUGGGAUACAAAGCAACGAUUCAAAAGACGAGUAUUGAGGAACUUAAAGCUCUCUACAUCUUCACUGGCGUUGAGCCACCUGCAUCCUUCAAAGAGCCGUCUGAUCUCGCUGAAGUUGUCGACAAACUUCAGUUCCUUAAGUCCAUCAUUGGAGUUAGUUAAUAAGAAAAUUAUUAUGCGUUGUGUGGUUCUUUUAGGGCUUUGCUAUAUGCUGGAAGAUAGAUUUUUCAGGUUUCUGUUUUCUGGUACAUUCAGGAGAA